AUGACAUCCCGCUCCAUCUCACCCGUCCAACCCACCAUCGUCGCCGCCAAGGACUGGACUCCUACAUCGUGGCAGUCAAAGCCCAUCAAGCAGGAUGUCGACUACCCUGAUCAGGCUCACUUGAGCAAGGUUCUUGAGAAAAUUGGCCGUCUUCCUCCUAUGGUUGCCCCAGGCGAGAUUCACCGCCUUCGUCAGCAAUUGGCUGAUGUUGCCCAUGGCAAGGCAUUUUUGCUGCAGGGAGGCGAUUGUGCCGAACUUUUCGAUUACUGUGCACAGGGACCCAUUGAGGCAAAGCUGAAGGUGUUGCUGCAAAUGUCGCUUGUUCUGGUCUGGGGUGCACGUAUGCCCGUUGUGCGUAUUGCGCGUAUGGCCGGUCAAUAUGCUAAGCCCCGCUCAAAGCCCACAGAGAUGCAUGAGGGCAAGGAAAUUCUCAGCUACCGUGGCGACAACGUCAACGGAUACGAACCUGAUGACCGUACUCCUGACCCAGAGCGCCUCCUUGGUGCUUACUUCCACUCUGCCGCCACGCUGAACUAUGUCCGAGCUAUUCUUGCCGAGGGUUUCGCUGAUCUGCACCAUCCCUCCAACUGGAACCUUCACCAUGUCAAAUCCUCAACAUUGCGCCAAGAGUACCAGGGGAUCGUCGACAGACUCACCGACGCAUUAGACUUUAUGAAGACCAUCGGUGCCGACCCGAACGCAGGAGGAGCACACUCCGAGUCCGUCUCCAGCCCCCUUAACACUGUUGACAUCUUUGCAUCCCACGAAGGUCUCUUGCUUGAGUACGAGCAGGCCUUGACUCGCCUCAUGACCGACCCCGCAAACUCGGCACAGCAAAAGUACUACAACGUCGGAACUCAUUUUAUCUGGAUCGGCGACAGGACAAGACAGCUCGACGGCGCACACGUCGAGUACUUUAGAGGAAUCGAGAACCCUAUCGGAGUUAAGUGUGGACCCAGCAUGAAGCCCGAGGAGCUGAUCGACCUUUUGAACAUUUUGGAUGCCGACAAGCGCCCCGGAAAGAUCACCCUCAUCACUCGCUACGGUGUCGAUCAAGUUGACAAGUACCUUCCCGGGCAUAUCAAGGCUGUGCAGGAGUCUGGACAUACCGUUGUCUGGGCCUGUGACCCAAUGCACGGAAACACCAAGCAAUCCGUAUCAGGAGUGAAGACAAGGCACUUGAUCGAUAUCACAAAGGAGUUGUCACAAGCUAUCCGCAUUCACAAGCAGAUGGGUUCGCACCUUGGGGGUGUCCACUUUGAGUUGACAGGAGACCGUGUCACAGAGUGCGUUGGCGGAUCAAUGGAGCUGUUGGACGCAGAGUUGUUGGACAGAUACGAGACCCACUGUGAUCCUCGCCUCAACUACGAGCAGGCCUUGGAUAUGGCCUUCUUGAUUGCUAAAUACCAAGAGAAGCAGCGCGGUUUCAGCGGGAUGAUGUCCCUUUAG